GAAGUCGAUUUGAUAAGAUCAUUUAUAUCACAAAUACAACGGCACUGGAAUGAUCCUUUGGUGGUAUGUAAAUGACCAAUUAUAAUAUGUUGUAUUGGAGAGGCAAAAUUCAGUCCUACAAUGGCAUAUAUAUCAGUCAAAUUUCAAAGAACCGCAGCAUAUAUCUGUUGUAUAAUAUGUGUGCUUCUGAUCUAUCAUCUUUAUCAUGUCGGUAAUGACGCUAUACGUUCUAAGAAGGAGACCCUGGAGUUAAUAGAUAUGGAAAACAGUCGACGGCUUAAAGUGAAGCGAGAGAUAAAAGGACAAGGAAUAAGAAAGAUAGACACUUCACGUGAUGACCAAGGGAAUGUUUCAGGUUUCAAAUUAAGAGAAGAGGUUCUUCGGCGUGAAACAGAGACUUUGAAAUCGCAAUUACUUGCUUAUAAAAAACUAAACAAACGCUUGCAAGAGAAGAUACAGACCAUGGAGUACGAUAAAAAUAUUUUAAAACAGAAAAUAUUGGAAUUAAAAAAUCGAAAUGUCUAUCUUUUUACCGAAGCGGAAAAGGUUAGAAAUAAAAGCCUGAAAGAUCAAUGGAGAAUUCCCGAAAAACGGCCAGUCGAUGGCACAGAAGAAGAUAAUCAAGAAGUUUCUAAAAAAUCUCCUUUGGAGAUUCCUGAGGAUAUACCAUUUCAAAGCUUUGCUAAAACCCACGUUUUCGAGGCACCAACCGACCCUAAGCCGAAAGAAUAUAUUUUCCGAGGACAAAGGAAAGAAACCAGAAAAAUAAAACCUAUGAAAAAACAUAUAAUAGAUGUUCAGGAUGUGGUUUUACGUGAACUCAAUGUAAACAAGUCUUUGCAAAUGACAAAGGAACAUCUCUUUGAAGGAGUAUAUAGAUUUGACAUCAGUACCGGUUUAGAAUACGAAUUAUAUUUUAAGCAUCCAAAGUUGUUGGAUUCAAUCAUUCCAGUACGUUUAAGUCGGAGGUUAGGCCCACCUAACAUCGAGAUCUUAUCAGGUGUAAAUAGACAAACGAAAGAAUUGAUUAAUCUGAUUCUUCCACUGUCGGGGAGACUGGAACGAUUUCAAAAUUUCAUCGAUUUAUUUAUUAACGUCUGUGUAAAAAAGGGCGAAAACGUUUUUCUGACUUUAGUUCUUUACGGAGAAAAAGACUUUAAAACAGUGAAAAAGAUUCUUCAGAAUUUAGAGAAUGAUUACGAUUUUCGUAAGUAUCAGCUCAUAAUGAGAGACAAAGAGUUCUCGCGGGGUCGUGCUCUUCAUGAUGGCGUCGUUUACUGGAAAGGAAGGAAUCCCAACGUGUUGAUAUUUUUCUGUGACGUUGAUAUUACAUUUAGGCCCGAGUUCCUUCGCCGUUGCAGAACGUUCACGGAGCCUGGUAAACAAGUCUAUUAUCCAGUGGUUUUUAGUCUGUAUAACCCGAAGAAUGUGUAUGAAGAUGGAAUAAUUCCUGAACCAGAGGAUCAGCUAAAAAUAGAUCGUCAGUAUGGUUUUUGGCGCAGAUACGGCUUUGGUAUGACCUGCCAAUACAGGGCUGAUUAUUUGAAUGUUGGAGGAUUUGACUUGAGUAUCGAGGGAUGGGGAUCUGAAGAUCAGCUCCUGCACUCACGAUACAUAGCACACCGAGGAAUAAGGGUAAUCCGUGCUCCAGAUCGGGAUCUUUUUCAUUACUAUCAUGAGAAGCACUGCGACCCAAACCUCACGAGCCACCAGUAUAAAUCAUGUUUAGGUUCCAAGGCAAAUACAGAAGGGACUGCAGCUCAGGUUGCUAUGCAACUGUUAAAACUACGCGAAAAAUGCGAAGGAUUCGACGAAAAGAAUGAUUAGGGGACGUGUCUGAUGGGAUGACCCGCUAUACUUCGUUGGGCAUUUUUGAACAGCUAGGUUAGUUAGGAAAGUGUAUAUACUUAUUUCAAUAAAGUUAGUCACCAAAAGCCUAGAGAGCUGUGAUCGCUGAGAAUCAUGGGAAAUAUUUCAUAUUCAACAAGUAAAGGUUUCGACACAAACUGCAGCAGUUGAGGAUGCUCAGGGGAGGUGAACUCGUAACUGCCAGAAGAACUCAAUUCCAUCAACAGUUAUGAAGUGGUUGAAACAUGUAAAAUGUAUCUACUUAUAAUCCUUGCCGGUCUCAGCUUUGUAGCUUUGCAGGUGACUAACUUUAUUGAAAAUAAGUGUAUACGUAAUUCCUUGAAAUUUAGGUAAUGCCUAAAAGCAAAGCUCGCGUUGUUUUAGCCACGGGUAGCCUACUUUAGAUAACUUUAGAUAGAGCUGGAAAAAAGGUGAAAUGAAUAGAAUAGCAAAAACGACAUUAUUAUUAUUUUUUGAUUGGAGAUCAAGAUAAUGUCCCGAUAAUAAAAACCAGUUAAAAAAACAAUCAAAUUUCACUACUUUUUUUUUGCGCGAGUCUUUGUUUUCGACUUUAAUGAAUCUCAAGUAAUUUUGUCACGUGUACACGACUCACCAGGGGCUAGUUUUGUUCUUGAAAAAUAUCUCGACAAAGUUUGCCAUGGCCGACAUUUUUUGCAAUUUUCUGGCUAAUAUAUAUUCAUUUAAAAAACGAAAAAGAUAACUGCAUGUAAACGAACACAAUAACAGGUUUAGCGAAUUUUGCAUUUGAUGAUCUUUCAUUCAAAUACAAUCAAAUUAAAUUUUAGAGAUUUCAAAUUUUCUUCCAGGACAAAACAGCUCUAAAAAAACUUGAAAAUUGGUUAAGAAAUGGUCAGCAAAAUAUGAGCUUACGGUAGUUGUCUACUAUAGAAAAAUAAAUCAACUGCGCACGGCCCUACGCAACGCAGUUGACGUCAUUAUUUGAGCCCACGAUGUGCGCGCGCAUUAAAAUUUCUCAUAUAAACAAAUCACUCAUUAAUUCACCUUGUCUAUCCUCUUACUGAAUAUAGAUGACGUCUUUAAAUGCUCAAACACAAGUGGACUCGCACGAGCGCAGCAAGGGGGCACAUCUAUCAAAUCCUCACCCCUUGCACGCCCACCCCCUUAAGACUCAUUAACUGAAUUUCUUUUAUUCCUUUAAAUCAUAGAAUUUUUAUUUAACUAUCAUUUGAGAAGCCGUUAAAACCUAAGCUUAGAAGUACAGCGUCCAUUUUAGUAGUUUGCAUCAGUUCAAUUGCCCUGAUGCCAAAGGUUUUUUGGUCAUUUAUUGCGAUUUUUCUAAUCAAACGGACACCCUGUGGUGUGUACACGGAUGUACGGACAAACGGAAAAGAUUUAAUAAAGCCAUGCUGGUAGACGACAAUUUUA